CCAUAUGGUUUUGUUUAAUUUCGGUUUUUUUAUUUACUUUUUAAAUUGUUACAAUUUUGUUGAUCAAUUUUUGGUCUAAUUGAGUUAGAUUAAUAAAGUAUCAUGGUUUUAUCAAUUUUUGGUAAGCAGAUUACAUCUGCAUCGAAGAUAUGUGCAAAUAAUCCUUGUCAUCUUAUUUUCACCAGGAAUUCUGUUGGUUUGGCUCACAGUUUUUAUAAAGGUCCCAAAAAUCGCGUUGAAGUGCCACCUUCGUUUGAUCAUAUUAUCCUACCUGAUCCGGAAUACAGAAAAUUACCAGCACUUCAAAGUGUUCCAACUACUCCAAAUAACAAAGAUGAGAUGAAAAUCGCUCGCAGAGAUUAUGACGCAAAAGGACCUGAAACAAUUCAUAAUCGUCUUCUUUAUAAUCAAUAUGGUUUAGUGGCUUUAUCUGGUGGUCAUUUAUAUCCAACCCAUUUGAAGAUAAUUAGAGAUUCGGUUAAUCGUUAUGUGUCAAAGGAUAGAUUUGCUGUUUGGAGAAUCGAACCACCAUGGAAAACAAUCACUCGAAAGUCACCUGGUAAAAAACUCGGAGGAGGUAAGGGUAGUGUCUUUUGCUAUGCUACCCCAGUUCGAGCUGGUCGAGUUAUCUUUGAAUUUGGAGGAAAAGUCGAAUUUGAAAAUAUUCUGAAAAUGUUAUUAGGUGUUGCAAGAAGAUUACCUAUUGAUGCUUUACCUGUUUAUUCAGAAUUUUUCACCGAAUUUCAAGAAGAAAUGGCCGAAAGAGAAAAGAACAACCUGAAUCCUUUGACCCUCGAACAUGCAGUGAAAAAUAAUCUAGCCGAUUGUAGGAAAUACAUGACAGCUUAUGAAUUAUUAACAAACGGAAGAUACAGAUAGAAAUUUGGACAACUUUUCGCUUUUCACUUUCAACAAUCAGUUAAUUGUCAACACAAAGUAAUGAGCAAAUUUAUAUGUUUAGUAUGUAAAUUAAAUUAUUGUUAUAAUCUGUACAAGAUAAA